AUGGUCGAAGGCUUCGAAGUCGGAGGCGUCCCGUUCAAUCCAGACGGGUGGGGCCCACCGGACAGCGCCACCACCCCAACCACCACCUCCAACCUCCCUCUCAACGUCCCCUUCGCCCCAUUCUCCCGCGCCGAUAAGUUGGGGCGGAUCGCCGACUGGACCCGCACCUUCAACAACCCGGCCAGGUCUAAGAACCCAUCGGAUUCAGUCUUCGACUUCUCGAACGACGAGUCGUUCCCUGCCUCCGCCGAUGACGACGCCUCAUUCCGUCUCGUCGACGGAAAGCCCCCGCCGCGCCCCAGGUUCGGCCCCAAAUGGCGGUUCCAGCAGCAGCGGCAGCUGCCUCACCGCCGCGACGAAGAAGUCGAAGCCAAAAAGCGGGAGGCCGAGAAGGAGCGGGCCCGCCGCGACCGGCAAUACAACAUGAACCGGUCCAAUGUCAAUGUCCCUCGCCGCGAAGCCGCGGUUUUCAAAUCAUCGGUCGAUAUUCAACCCGAGUGGAACAUGCUGGACCAGAUCCCUUUCUCCACAUUCUCAAAGCUGUCGUUUUCGGUCCCAGAACCAGAGGACCUGCUCCUCUGCGGUGGGCUCGAGUUUUACGAUCGGUCCUGCGAUCGAAUCACGCCCAAGAACGAGCGAAGACUCGAGCGUUUCAAGAAUCGGAACUUCUUCAAGGUCACCACCACCGACGACCCAGUCAUUCGCCGACUUGCGAACGAGGACAAAGCUACAGUAUUUGCCACUGAUACCAUUCUCUCGACUCUCAUGUGCGCGCCCAGGUCGAUUUACUCUUGGGAUAUCGUUGUUCAGCGAGUUGGGAACAAGUUAUUCUUCGAUAAACGUGAUGGGUCGCAGUUGGAUUUGCUUUCGGUUCACGAGACAUCUCAGGAGCCAUUGCCUGAAGCCAAGGAUGAUAUCAAUUCUGCUUACUCGUUGAGUGUUGAGGCUGCUUAUAUUAACCAGAACUUCUCGCAGCAGGUUUUGAUUAGGGAUGGCAAUAAGGUAACAUUCGAUGAGCCCAACCCAUUUGCGAAUGAAGGUGAGGAGGUUGCUUCUGUUGCGUAUCGCUACAGAAGGUGGAAGCUUGAAGAGGGUAUGUAUCUGGUUGCGAGAUGCGAGGUUCAGAGUGUCAUGGAGGUCAACAAUCAGAGGUCGUUUUUGACUCUGAAUGCGCUUAAUGAGUUUGAUCCCAAGUAUUCUGGUGUGGAUUGGAGGCAGAAGUUGGAAACCCAAAGGGGUGCGGUUUUGGCGACUGAGCUUAAGAACAAUGCUAAUAAGUUAGCUAAAUGGACUGCUCAAGCUCUUCUGGCCAGUGCGGAUUUGAUGAAGUUGGGUUAUGUUUCGAGGGUUCAUCCUCGUGAUCACUUUAACCAUGUGAUUUUGGCUGUGGUCGGAUAUAAGCCCAAGGAAUUUGCUUCGCAGAUUAAUCUGAACACGAACAGUAUGUGGGGUAUUGUGAAGUCUAUUGUUGACUUGUGUAUGAAAUUGAAUGAGGGCAAGUAUGUUCUUGUUAAGGACCCGUCUAAGCCUCAGGUUAGGAUCUAUGAGGUCCCUCCAGACGCCUUUGAGAACGAUUAUGUGGAGGAGCCAUUACCGGAAGAUGAGCAAGUUCAGCCACCUACAGAGGAUGGGCAAGGUGCUGAGCCAAAUGCUGCUGCAAAUGAUGUAGAGGAUAAGGAGGUUGAGGCUACUCAAGCUUAA